ACAGUGCUGUGGCCUAGUUGUUUCUGGAAAACGACAACAUUGAAUCCAUUGUGUAAUCCUUUCAGGUUGGGAAGCUUCGAAUGUUGUAACAACGUUGCAUAGUCGAAUAGGGGAGACAAACGUCCUGUUUUAUAAUUUAGCGUCCAUUGUGCGCAGUUUUUAUUCGUAUCCAUCGGCAGGUCACCAUGGACGUUGGAUUUCUACGUUGUCCGGUCAUCUGCCUGACACUGGCCUUAAUGGGUUCGGUUCUAGGCUCGGAUUGGGAUUUUGACAAACCAUUAAUCGGGGCGCCCGGGUCUGCAGUCCGUUUAUCGGACUCGGACCCAGGUCUAAAAAAGGCUGUCAAGUUUGCCGAGGAGCGUUAUAACAUGGGGUCUAAUGCAAUGCACGUUCGCAGAGUUAGUAAAAUCCUCUCUGCCAGCAAACAGUUGGUGAAGGGAAUUCGUUACACCAUCACAGUGGAGCUGAGUAAUACCCAGUGUAAGAAGUCUGCUGUGUUGAGGACCUGUGAUUUCUACCCUGAGCUUCACAAACUGAAGACGGAAGUGUGUGUGUUUGAGGUUUGGGACAUUCCAUGGCAGAGCACCUCCACCCUGCUCAAACAGAAAUGCAAACCAGCAGUGGAGUCCAAGGAGACCAACCAGGUAGACCUCCUACCUCUGGCCACCAGCAAGCCUGCAGAAGCCUCUGUGGAGCUCUUGGGCCAGUUCAAAGACUUUGUGGUCAAAUACAACCGCACCUACCGGAGCCAAGAGGAGGCUGAUCGACGCCUGCGUAUCUUCCACCAAAACCUCAAGAUGGCAGAGAAGCUGCAGUCUCUGGACCAGGGCUCAGCAGAGUAUGGGGUCACCAAGUUCAGCGACCUCACAGAGGAGGAGUUUCGGUCUCUGUACCUGAAUCCCCUCUUGAGCCAGUGGACCCUCCACAAACCAAUGAAGCCAGCAGCUCGCCCUCGUGGUCCCGCUCCUCCCAGCUGGGAUUGGAGAGAGCAUGGAGCUGUCAAUCCUGUCAAGAAUCAGGGUAUGUGUGGGUCCUGCUGGGCAUUCUCAGUGACUGGUAACAUCGAGGGUCAGUGGUUCAUCAAGAGAGGAAGUCUGCUGUCACUCUCUGAACAAGAGCUGGUGGACUGUGAUAGGCUGGACCAGGCGUGCGGGGGUGGGCUGCCAUCAAAUGCUUAUGAGGCCAUUGAGAAGCUGGGAGGCCUGGAAACAGAGACAGACUACAACUACACAGGGAAGAAGCAGAGCUGUGACUUCACCACGGGCAAGGUGGCCGCCUACAUCAACAGCUCUGUGGAACUUUCCAAGGAUGAGAAUGAAAUUGCUGCUUGGCUGGCUGAAAAUGGACCUGUCUCUGUGGCCCUAAACGCUUUCGCCAUGCAGUUCUACAGAAAGGGUGUGUCUCACCCUUUGAAGAUAUUCUGCAACCCCUGGAUGAUCGACCAUGCAGUGCUGCUAGUGGGAUACGGAGAACGUAAUGGCACUCCGUUCUGGGCGAUCAAGAACAGCUGGGGAGAGGACUAUGGAGAACAGGGUUACUACUAUCUGUACAAAGGAUCCAAACUCUGUGGUAUCAACAAGAUGUGCUCUUCUGCUGUGGUCAACUAGAACAAAAUGACUUACACCCACACACAUUCAUGCCAUCCAAAUGAUGUUUGGGCUUCCAUCGAUAAUACUCUCAUACACAAAUUUAAAAUAGAUAAAAAAACAAGAAAACUCCUCCGGCUUGUCACCCUUUUCACCUCCCCACCCCGCUAUGUACUCUACUAAGAGUCAGGAUGAAUCUGGAACUGUCCUUCUGAUCCUGUCUUAACAACAAUGGCUGAAUUUUGUUCCACUCACCUCACAUCUAAUCUUUAACAUAAAAUCUUCAUUAUGUAGUUUUUUAAUAUUUAAUAUGAAUUAAGAUUACAUUUUGGUUUGUUUGUAAAUAUAUUUGAUUUAAUAGUAUUGAAGAAGAAGGUCAUAACUUUUAGGCAGAUCAUUUCCAUGAUCUACCUUUAAUGUAAACUGAUCAAGCAUUAGCCUACACAUGAUGGUAGACUCUAUGCUUAGAUAGGGUCUACUUGCCUAUGUUAUGAGUGUCCCUAGCUGUUGCUGCAGUUCAUGCUGAUGCUGUGGAAUAAUCUGGAAUAGCUGGAUUACUAAUGUUUAUACAUCUGUGCAAGAUUUCCUUGUCCCUUUCCCUUAAUAUUAUGUGCAAUACCGUGUAAAUUCGUCCCCUGUGGUAACUGAUAAACAUGAAAUAGUAAAAAAGGAUUGCAUGGAUUGGAAUUGAUGAAGUAUGAAACAUGUAUGAAUUGUUAUUGCAGUGCAUACGAUUAAAUAAAAGUUGGGAAUUAAAUGA